CAUGUUGAAGAUGUCUGGCCUCAACAUUUCACGUUGAUUUAAUCAAGUUAUCUUAUCCGAGAGUAAUAAGAGUAUUGUGUUGUUCAAACGUGUUCUGCUAGUUUAACCGAUUUCAACAAAAGGGCUGAAAAGCCGUUUAGACGCCACUGAGUUGUACCCUCUGGGAUCCGGCUACGUCCCUGAAAUUGACAGUGUCCAUGACAUAUCAGUUGGCACAAAGAGGGGAUCUGACGAACUCUUUUCUUCCUGCAUAUCCAACGGACCCUAUAUCAUGAACUCAGCCAAUGGCAACGACAGCAAAAAAUUCAAAGGAGAUGUCCGCAGUCCUGGUGUCCCAUCACGUGUGGUCCACGUACGCAAACUGCCCAAUGACAUCAACGAGGCUGAGGUUAUAAGCCUGGGACUGCCUUUUGGGAAGGUCACUAAUCUGCUGAUGUUGAAAGGGAAAAAUCAGGCCUUUCUGGAGCUUAACAGUGAAGAGUGUGCACAGACGAUGGUGAGCUACUAUUCUUCUGUCACUCCUGUCAUCAGAAACCAACCCAUUUACAUGCAGUACUCGACUCAUAAGGAGCUCAAGACAGACAACUCUCCUAACCAAGUGCGUGCCCAGGCAGCUCUGCAGGCAGUCAACGCCCUGCAUGGAGGUGGAAUGGCGAGUAUGGCCAUCCCUACAGAUGCAAGCAGUAUGGCAGGAGGCGUAGCCCAAAGCCCUGUUCUCAGAGUCAUUGUGGAAAACCUUUUCUACCCCGUCACCCUGGACGUCCUGCAUCAGAUUUUUUCAAAGUUUGGAACUGUGCUCAAGAUCAUCACUUUUACCAAGAACAACCAGUUCCAGGCAUUGAUCCAGUAUGCUGAUGCCAUGACAGCUCAGCAUGCUAAACUGUCUCUAGAUGGCCAGAACAUCUACAAUGCUUGCUGUACCCUGAGAAUCAGCUUCUCGAAGCUGACAAGCCUCAAUGUCAAGUACAACAAUGACAAAAGCAGGGACUACACCCGCCCUGACCUUCCUACAGCAGAUUCACACCCCUCACUCGACCACCAGACAAUGGCAGCUGCAGCCUUUUCUGCACCGGGUAUAAUCUCUGCUUCUCCCUUUGGUGGAGCUCAUGGCUUCCCCCCAACGUUUGCUUUCCAGCAGGCUGGUCUGUCAGUUCCUGGCAUUCCCAGUGCCUUGGCAUCCCUGGGUAUGGGUCAUACCGGCAUGGCAGCCGCUGCAGCGGCCGCAGCUAGCCGGCUUGGCCUGUCAGGGCUCGGUGCCACUGGGGGGCACAACGUGCUGUUGGUCAGCAAUCUGAACCCUGAGACCGUUACGCCACACUGCCUCUUUAUUCUUUUCGGCGUGUAUGGUGAUGUCAUGAGAGUGAAGAUCCUGUUCAAUAAAAAGGAGAACGCUCUAGUCCAGAUGUCUGAUGGCACACAGGCUCAGCUAGCCAUGAGCCACCUGAAUGGCCAGCGUCUUCAUGGCAGGGCUAUGCGCGUGACGUUGUCGAAGCAUACGACAGUCCAGCUGCCCAGAGAAGGCCAUGAGGACCAGGGUCUUACCAAGGAUUACAGCAACUCCCCACUUCAUCGCUUCAAGAAGCCUGGCUCCAAAAACUACUCUAACAUCUUCCCUCCAUCUGCAACACUCCACCUCUCCAACAUACCACCUUCGGUGAUGGAGGAUGAUCUCAAAAGACUCUUUGCAAGCUCAGGAGCCACAGUCAAAGCCUUCAAGUUCUUUCAAAAGGACCGCAAGAUGGCCCUGAUCCAGAUGGGCUCUGUGGAGGAGGCGAUCGAGUGCCUCAUCGAGUUCCACAACCAUGACCUAGGAGAGAACCAUCACCUUCGAGUGUCCUUCUCAAAGUCCACCAUCUGAGUGUCCUUCCUCGCACCCUGCCAACUGAACGCUACUGUUCUUGUUGCCUUCAGUGAAAAUGGCCUUCAUAACAUAUUUAUACUGUUGGUAACUUUUUUUUUUUCAUGAGGAUGUUGCCCAUUUAUUUUCCCUUCGGAUUUAGUUUAGAUUUCAGAUCAGAUCCAUACAAUGUCGUUUCUUGUCCUAAAUACACUAACAGAGCCAAGCUUUUGGUUUUGUUUUAUAUUUUCAUAUUUGAUGUCCAACCCUAGUAGAUGGAUUGUGCCAACUUCAUGCACAAUUUGGUUGUUUUCAAAAUGGGCAGGUUGGCU